AUUCGAUUAGAUAGGUUCAGUUAACCCUUACAAGAAAUUUUAAAUAAAAAUCUUAGCAAAAUGAUUGGAAUGGCAUGUGAUCCAUUGCAGCAUACGAGCAUGUACCAAAGACUCGAAGAGGAUAGCGAAGACAGCGAUGGAGAAGGAGGUCUGGGAAAUGUAAGUCGAGUUAUAAUCCGUCCACCGGGUCAAAGUGGAAAAGCCAAACGUGGACAUUUGUGCUUUGAUGCAGCGUUCGAGACGGGAAAUCUGGGAAGAGCAGAUUUGGUAGGAGAAUUCGAAUACGACUUAUUUCUUCGACCCGACACAUGCAACCCUCGUUUUCGGUUUUGGUUCAACUUCACUGUGGACAAUGUGAAACAAGACCAACGAGUGAUAUUCAACAUCGUCAACAUGAGUAAGAUACGAAAUCUCUUCAAUUCGGGUCUGACGCCGUUGGUGAAGUCAUCAAGUCGGCCAAAAUGGCAAAGGAUUCCCAAGAAAUACGUCUUCUACUACAGAUCUGUACUGCAUCAAAACCAUUACGUGUUGAGUUUUGCAUUUUCAUUCGACAAGGAAGACGACGUGUUCCAAUUUGCUCUGGCUCCUCCCUACAGCUAUUCUAGACUCCAGUCCUACUUGAAUGUCAUAGAAGCCAGGUCGGUGGAGAAACGAUUCACAAAAACUACAAUGAUCAAAACUUUGCAAAAUCGAAAUUUAGACCUGAUAACAGUGGAUCAUGUGCCUCGACAGCGUGGAGCUAGAAUAAAUAAGAAUUUUAUACGUGUAAUUGUAAUCUUAGCUAGAUCUCAUCCCGGCGAGGCCCCAGCUUCGUAUGUAUGCCAAGGAUUUAUUGAGUUUCUUAUUGGAAAUCAUCCGAUUGCUGUGAUUUUGAGGGAGAGUUUUGUCUUUAAAAUUAUUCCCAUGGUCAAUCCGGAUGGGGUAUUUUUGGGCAAUAAUCGAUGUAAUUUAAUUGGACAGGAUUUGAAUCGAACGUGGAAUGUUGCAACAGAGUUUUCACAUCCAACCCUAUUUGCAAUUAAAAAUAUGCUCAAAGAACUCGAUGGAUCAGAUGUAAGAUUUGAAUUAAAUUGAGUUCUACCAAUUAAGCUAAAUUUGUAUGUUUAUAUUUAUCAAGUUGAUUUUGUGAUUGACCUACAUGCACACUCCAGUCUUAAUGGGUCGUUUAUUUAUGGAAAUACCUAUGAGGACGUGUAUAGGUAUGAGAGGCAUCUAGUGUUCCCACGAUUAUUUGCAUCGAAUGCGUAUGAUUACGUGACCGAGAAUAUGAUGUUCAAUGCAGAUGAGAGGAAGGCAGGAUGUGCGAGGAGGUUUUGUUGUGAAAGAUUGAGUGAUACAGUAAAUGCUUAUACGUUGGAAGUCUCGAUGGGAGGUUAUAUCUUGAAGGAUGGCAAGACUAUGUCAUUGUAUACGGAAGAUGGAUAUUUUCGUCUAGGAAGGAAUUUAGCACGUAGUUUCCUUCAAUAUUACCGCUUUAUCAAUGUUCUUCCUGUGCCUUUGGUACCUGAAGUCCAUACCAAACGUCGGAAUCGACCUGGAACACAUCAUUCUCGAAGUAGAUCGAAAUCUCGUUACGAUGUGAAACCUCGUCCACGAACAACACGUUGUCAUGCUCCCAUAAGUUAUACAAAUCUCUCGAUUUGCUAUGAUAGUGCAUCAUCAGAAGAAGGAUCCCCUUUGAGACAGCCCAGUAGUCACUUCGGCUUUCGAAACUACCGUCGAAUGGCCAAUCCACCUGUCUCAACGCCAGCUAAUGAUCAAUUUUCAUUGUUAACAAUAAAAUCGGCGAAAUUUGAUAAUUUAGAAUUUUCCAAUGAACAAAGAGGGCGGAAAAGUAAUCCUCCAUCGGAUAAAUCAUCGAGAGUUGUUCAAGUGGAAACAUUAAAUGUGCCUCCUAAACCUUACUUGUCUAUAAUCGAUCUGAAUCAACUUGCCCGAAGUACCAUGAAGGAUGCAUAUGUUGGAAAUAGAUAAAAUCAAGGUUAAUUGUGGAAUAUCGACGAUAGCCAACUGUAUUUGGCCAAUUUUAGAAAAUAUUUAAAAUCUUUUGCAAAUUUUAAUAAUAUUAACAAUUUUCUUGUUAUUGUUUUUUUUUAAAUAUUGCUCAAUGAAAUAAAUAAUGUUUUCUUCAUU